AUGGAUUCUACUCUGAUCCAGCAAGAGGUCAUCGAUGAGUUGGCUAAAUUGGCCGGAGUCGAAAGUCAAGUCAAGGAGAUUACUGAAGCAGCGAUGCGUGGCGAACUCGAUUUUUUUGGAUCGCUGAAGUCCCGCGUGGCACUGCUGAAAGGUCACAAUGCGGAGGAACUUUUUGCAAAGGUGAAGGCAAACUUGAUCUUUACCCCGGGUGCCAAGCAGCUCUGCACGUGUUUGAAGCGCUUGGGCUUUAAGACGGCAGUUAUUUCUGGUGGCUUCUUGCCUGUGGCACAAGAGGUUCAAAAGUAUCUGGGCCUGGACUAUGCUUUUGCCAACACUUUGGAGGUGGAUGAGACAACUGGACUCCUGACGGGAAAGACUUCUGGGCCAGUGGUGACACCACAGAGAAAACGGCAGCUGCUGGCCACUAUAGCCAACGUGGAAGGCUGUGAGAUCCAGCAGACCAUUGCUGUCGGUGAUGGCGCAAACGACAUUCCCAUGCUGCAUGCCGCUGGACUCGGCAUCGCCUUUUGUGCGAAACCCAAGGUGCAGGAAGUCUCGCGCUUCAGAAUAAACCAAAUGGAUUUGAGCACGGUGCUUUUUCUCAUCGGCAUCUCUGAACGCGCGAUGGAACGGCUAGCAGAUGAGAGCAAAAGUUGA